CGUCAGCGCGCUCCUGUCCGGCAGCAAGAAAUCCAAGAAGGCCGCCGCCGCCGCAGCAGCAGACAUGGGCUCGAGCCCACCCGCGGUAUCCGGCACCGAGUCACCGCCUUGGGGCCCUCACAUGUGGGCCCUACUCGAUAAGGAGAUGGCUCUCAAGGACUGCUCUGUCUUCAGCUACCAGCCGGCUAUGAAUCCGUUUGACGAGGAGGCCGCCGCCAUCUGGAGCAUGCACUACUUCUUCUUCAACAAGCUGCGCAAGCGAGUCGCGUAUCUAUACGUGAGAGGCGUGCCCGUCGUAUCGCACAGCAGCCCGCCGCAGUUUUUGCGGCCGUCAGCUCGUGCAAGGAGCGGCGCUAUGUCACUGACGCCCACCUCCUCAUCGGGAGACCUGCGCAAGAGGCGGUUGAUGGAGGAGGCGGGCGCCAACAAGCGCGCCAGGUUCUGGCUUGGCGACCGUGCCGAAAGGGUCACGGCCAGCGAUGAGGAGGACGAUUAUGCAGACGACGGUCUGACGUGGAAUCGCGAUCGCGACGGCGUGCUGGAGCUCGACGAGUUCGCGGGGAGCUAUGAUGACUACGACAAUUUCCCCGAUGAGGACUUCGACGACGACGACGACGACCUCUUCUCGGAGGAGGAUGACGCCGAGGAUGCGGACGACGAGGCCAGGACAAGUCAUGAACCCGUCCGCAGCGAGUCGGAAGAUUUCGCCGGAACGAUGGAGAUCGAGUAAAAUCGGCUUUCUCCUUACAAAUGCUACAAUCUAAGGAUGUGCUGAUCGGCCUGACUGCCUCAACGCAGCAGGUCAAGGGGCUGGGCCCUUGCGCCGGCCGUCUCACGGAUUCCUCAGCCCUCUCUAUCUUCCUCACCUUGUUUACAGAUCCACAGCUACUGGUUUUGCGCCUUAAUAUCACCCACGCUGUGCUGGAUUUAUUUCCAUUCCUUACUGGAUCUUCUGUCACUUUGUACUGUUCAUUGGUUCUCGUUCGACUGAUUUCUUGCUUCUGCACUUCUGGGUCCGGAUCCUCAAAUUUUUAAGCUCUGAUUUUGCGACUGGAUCUUUUUUCUCCCCCCCCCCCCCCUCGUCUUCCCUUUGGUUCUAUUUGUUUUGAUUCUUGAUUUCCAUGGUGGAGGCGUUACACAUGAGCAUGGAGCCGGUGAGAGCGGCUCUUUGGACAAACACUACCUGGCAAGUAGGGAAGUUUCGUCGAGGGUUCUUGGUUUGUAUUCUUGUGAGGGGUUCAUGGAGUGUUAUGUAUCAAACUGGAUGGCUUCUGUCCUUUUUAGGGUUUUGAUUUGGGCUUUUGACUUGAGAGGAAGGUGGACAAGAGCAAGACACCCACAGAGGAAUGCGGAAGAUGUGGGAUCACAUACACGAGACAUGUGCUGAAUUGAAAUUACUAACAGUUCUCC